AUGGACUUCCGUGUACGGAUAAUCUUUGUCGCUUGUGCUUGUGGCUAUCUACAUCUAGCAUCGGCCGUCAAUUCCGUAGAAGAAAUUCCACCUCCUUUACAAGUGCAGAAAGAAGGUGACUCGCAUACUUCUCCGCUUGAUAAGAAACCUUCCUUGCAAGCAACAAGUCCUUUGACUGCAACAAACUCCUCAUCUUCGAACAAGUCGGGAGCUGCGACUGCUGCCCGGAAAAGUACUAGCCAGAGCAAAACUUCUUUGGAACUUGUCAAGAGUACGAAACCCAUAGUGAGCACAACGAAAUCAACGGAGAGCGAUUCUGCUCCAAAAGCUGCUGCUCCUGAGUUUGAAGACCGUAACGAACAAGAUGAGGGUGGAAAGGGGGAAGAGGUUUGUGAAUUGUUGAUGGAAUGGUGGUGGUUGCACGAACUGUGUUUGCAUGCAAGCUCGCUUGUGCUCGGCUUCACAUUGUCUAAGGCAGUCUACCAUUCUCAUCCAUAUCGCUGCAAUCCACUUGAAAAAGCAGCUGUCGACACAUUUUUACGUUUGCAAGUUUGGUAG